UGGCAAAUAUUUUGACAGUUUUGUUUUCUAUUGACUUAAUGUUUUAUCUAUGUUCCUAUGUUUUAUCAUACACAAACCCAGGUGAAAUUUCCUCAGCUUACAAUUUUUUUUCAUGACAUUAGCCAGCAACUACUCCACUGCCCCAGUCUCUGAAUUCCUCCUCAUCUGCUUCCCCAACUUCCAGAGUUGGCAGCACUGGCUGUCCCUGCCUCUCAGCCUCCUCUUCCUCCUGGCCAUGGGGGCCAACGCCACCCUCCUGCUGACCAUCAGGCUGGAGGCCGCUCUGCACCAGCCCAUGUACUACCUGCUCAGCCUCCUCUCCCUGCUGGACAUUGUGCUCUGCCUCACCGUCAUCCCCAAGGUCCUGGCCAUCUUCUGGUUUGACCUCAGACUCAUCAGUUUCUCUGCCUGCUUCCUCCAGAUGUACAUCAUGAACAGUUUCCUGACCAUGGAGUCCUGCACAUUCAUGGUCAUGGCCUAUGACCGCUAUGUGGCCAUCUGCCACCCUCUACGGUAUACCUCCAUCAUCACUGACCAGUUUGUGGUUAAGGCUGCCAUCUUUAUUGUGGCCCGGAAUGGCCUUCUUACUAUGCCUAUCCCCAUACUUUCCUCCCAACUCAGAUACUGUGCAGGAAAUGUGAUCAAGAACUGCAUCUGUACUAACAUGUCUGUGUCCAAACUCUCUUGCGAUGACAUCACUUUCAAUCAACUCUACCAAUUUGUUAUAGGUUGGACUCUGCUGGGCUCUGAUCUUGUCCUUAUUGUUCUCUCUUAUUCUUUGAUCUUGAAAACUGUGCUAAGGAUCAAGGCUGAGGGAGCUAUGGCCAAAGCUCUCAGCACUUGUGGUUCUCACUUCAUCCUCAUCCUCUUCUUCAGCACAGUCCUGCUGGUUCUGGUCAUCACUAACCUGGCCAGGAAGAGAAUCCCUCCAGAUGUCCCCAUCCUGCUCAACAUCCUGCACCACCUCAUCCCUCCAGCUCUGAACCCCAUUGUUUAUGGUGUGAGAACCAAGGAGAUCAAGCAGGGAAUACAGAAACUGCUGAGAAGAUUGUAAGAAGUAUAAUGUUGAGGCCUGAACUUGGAAACAGAAAUUGCCACAGGAGAAUGGCUACUAUAGAGAUGCAUUCUCAUAAAGUCAUCCAGGGGCCAAAACCACAUAUAGUGCCA